AUGCUGUGGGCCGCCCUGCUCUUCCUGGCUGCAGGGCAGGAGCUACAGGAGCCCGACUCUCAAGGCGGGUGUUGGAACGAAGACAAAGUGCGCUCCCGCUGCUGUUAUGGGGGCCCCAUUGCCUGCUCUCUUGAGGAGAAAUGCUGUGCAUAUCGCAGUUUGAAUUAUGGUCACCCGGGCUUGCCGGGGCUAGAGGGCCUACCCUCAGAACUUUUUCAUCGGCUUCGCGUCCUCUUUCGAAGCCACGGCAAAGCACUGACUCGCGGUGGGGCUGCGAUGGCAGCUGAGUGGUUGAGAAGGGCACGGAAAGAGCUGGAUAAUCUGAGGAACGUCAGCCGAGCGUUUCCCGGACAACUUCCGGACAUGAGCGCGGCCUAUCAAGCUUUUCUGGCUUACUUCGUGGUUUUUUUCGGACUCCGGAAGAGGCUCAGUUCUGCUGUGAUCUCUGCGCUCUUGAGUCGGGAGCCUGGGCUUUGGUUGAGGUUUCAAGACAUCUACGCGGCCGCCUGGGGACAGAGAGACUUCUGCCGCUGUGUAGAAGCCGGCGAGUUCUUCGCACGUUCGCAGGCCCAGUUUGAGGAGCUGGGCGUGGGGCAGAGACAUUUUCUUCAGAGGUUUUUGAACGGCAGUGAGUGGCAACACCAUGCCAUCAGCCUUCAACGUUGUGACAAGAAUGAAGACGACAUGGUGCAUCCGCGAGCAAUCCAGCUUAUGGCAUCUUCCUCGCAGUGUGUGCCCGGCAACCUUGCGAGUCUAAUCAUCUUGCUACAUUCUUGCAUACUGGAGCAAGAUUUGCGCAAGACGUUCAUGCUGAGUGCCGGCAUCUUCCAGCUCGCAACCUUUGCCGCUGAGUGUCUUGAUGCCCAGUACUGGGGGUUCACCGCGCGCGAUGCAGUCCUGCAUCAUGCUAGACUCAUUUGGGAGGUUGUAAGGGGCCAGGUCCGAGCGGUUCAGCUCCAGCCGAUGCUGUUGAAGCGCUUUGCCUGGAACGCCUUCCUGAAUAGGAAGGCCCCGGCUUUGCAGGUCUCGAGCUCGAGCACGUCCUCGUGUGGCCCACACGAAGUCGGCUCUUCCACCAUUGGUGUUGCAAAGCUCGGUCGCUUCACAUACGGGCCGCUUUGCACAGAGCUCGGGCGUUUCUGGCUGCAGGCGGAGAUCCUGAAGGACCAGCGGGCGACUGACACGAAGCGUGUUCUGGCGAUCAUUCCCGUAACCAUGGCAGGGGAAGCCAAUCCGUGGCAUCAUUUGCAUUGGUGGCUGCCUGCCCUCUGGUUCUACAAGCUCAAGAAGCAGAUCGACGCUUCGCACUUGGAGGUCGCCCUGGUCUUUCCUCACGAGGAGAUCGACUGGGCUACCUCGACUGCUCGCGGUCGUGUCGUCGACGCCACCUUCCGUGGCCACACAGAGCCUAGAGAAUGGUCCUUCCUGCAGCCGACGUGGCCGAGACAAAGUGGCUUAAGCCUAAGCGUCUCUGAGCACUUCGUGCCUCCUCACGGUGUGCAUGCAGGAGUUUUGCAAUGGCUCUCGGAGCUACCGCCUCGGCCAUUGCAGAGCUUUGAGGGUGAAAGCUACGGCAACGUCAUUUUGGGGCUUCCAUCCUUGCGGUUCUUCCUCCGAACUCCGGAGAUGAGCUGCCACCAAGUCUCCGCCCUUCGGCGAUUCCUUCUCCGCUCUUUUCCGGACCGCUCUGAGCUCGUUCCUGAGCGAGGCUCCCCAGGCUCUAGUCCCCACCCUCUUCAGCUUGCUCUGCUACAAAGGCCGGCUGGGGAUGGUCGGCAAAUCGAAAACUUCGAGGAGGUCCAAGAGUUUCUUCGAAGCAACUUCUCGGAGCUGCAGCUCAAGGUCAUCCAGCAUCUUUCGGGUCUCCCGUGGGUGGACCAGUUUCGCAUGUUCAUCGGAGCAGAUCUCUUGGUGGCGGUGCACGGCGCCGGGAUGGCCUGGCUUUGGGCCAUGCGCCCAAAGGCUGCGGUCAUCGAGCUCAGGAGCCGAAGUUCACCAAUGUGGCUGCACUGCUCGGAGAUCUGGAACACGGAUGGCAGUCAGAUUUUUGGUGGAUUGGCUCGGCUGGUUGGUAUGCAUCACAUCUGCACCCGCCCUCAUGACCUUCCAGGAACAGUGGAACAGGCACGGCUGUCAAAGAUCGGCGACAUGACGGAGGAAGAUGCAUACAAUCACAGUGACAACGUUGUGGUGUUUUUGCCAAAAUUGGCGAUGCUGCUGCGCUCUGAGAACUCCGAGGCUCCCGACGCAAAAAGAGGAGGGGACAUCGGGUGGAUUUCGAAAGGAAAGGCGGAACCCAGACUGGAAGCCGUGGCCUUGACAACGCCCCGAGGGGCAUGUUCACCGGCCUUCCUCGAACGACCGGGUUGCUUCCAAAUGGUCUAUGUGGAGGAUCGGGAGGGAUGGCAUCAUGAAACCUCGGGUGAACUCAUCAGGGUGUCACUGAUUCCCGAUCGGUUCUUCUUGACCGGAAUGACUUGUAGCGGGAGAACAGCGCUGAUAGCUUUCCUGCAGUUGAGCUUGAGGCUCGCAUCCGGCUUCAACAUCUCCGAGCUGGAGAUCAUCGUGCUCAAUGCCUCUGAUCCUCUCUUUUCGGAUGCAAAUGUGCGCAUGAGCCAGGAUGGCAGCUGUGGGGCUGGAACAGUGCCGGGUUCAGUGAGACCGGCAACGCAAGGUAGAGAGAUACACCCACCCGACGGUGUCAGCGCCGACUGGACAUGGUCAGACAGUGGGACGCAGUACUGCGCCACUGAUAGCUGUGCUUACAGAGGUGACCUUGGCUCCGGGUCUUUCUGGUGCCCCUUGGCGCCUGGCGACACUGCUGAGCGCUUGAAGUGUGAGUGCGAGCAGUGCCCCUGUCCCGCAGGGACCGGUGGUUUCCAAUGCGUCAACUGUGAGACAGACGAAGGUUGCGGAGAGGGUGGCAAAUGCAUAAGGUCCAUGCUUCUGGAUGGCCUGCAUGACAAGCGAUUUUCCUGCAAGUUCGACGAAGACCUGGAGCGCUCCUCCACGUACCGCCUGUUUUGGUCUGGCGGCUGGUCGAGUCCGCAGUUCUUUGCGCAGUACUUUCCCUCGCAGGGAAUCGCGCGCUUGGACAUCAUCAAUACAAUGUGCAGCCACCGCCAGCCUAUCCUUAUGCAGUGUGGGUGCACAGCGUGCGAUUCCCUGCUCGACGACAUCGACCCGAUCACCGGCGAGCAGAGUGGAGCCUGCACGGAUGCGAAUGUGCCAAGCCCUUGUGCUCGCUGCGAGAAGUGUGAGUGUACCUAUCCGGAUGAUUCCUGGCUUUCCUCCUUCACAAGGAUCAUCGUCGAUGGCAUCCGCCGCGGUGUGCUGAUCGGUUGUGAGGAUACAGGAAACUGCCACGCUGUGCUAGAUGACCUGCCUGCCCCGCUGUCUUUCGACUGUCAGACGGGCAUGUGCAUCCCAGACAACUCCACAGAAGAGGUGGUUCUUGCUCGACGAUCAAUUGACCUCUUUGGCCAGUGGACAACCGUGGCGCUGCUGAUUCUGUCCCUGGUUGUGUUGCUGUCUCUGUUCGUGCUGCUCUGCGUAGUCUUGGAUUGCCUGCGAACGAAGAGGUUGGCCGAUGGAGCCUUGCUGGACAUGCCGGGCGCGCCACUGCCCGCCAUUGCUGCGGCGCAGGCAGCCCUCGGAGGCUUCGGCAGCACGCCGCCAGGUGCGACGCUGGUCUUCAGCUGGCAGAACAUCAACUGCGCUCGCAAGGACAAGAAGGUCCUGCAGAACGUCUCGGGUUCAGUAGAGACACUCUCCUCUGGGCGCGGCGCUCUGGUGGCGCUAUUGGGGCCCUCUGGAAGUGGAAAGACGACGCUCCUAGAGGCACUGGCUGGCAGGAUGCAGCCGGGGGACUCCGGAGAGGUCCGCAUCAACGGCAAGGAGAUGUCUGCCAGAAGCCGGCGGCGCCACGUCUCUUUCGUGUAUCAGGAUGAAAUCCUCGGCGCCACGCUCACCGUCAGGGAGGCCCUCGAGUUCUCCGCAGCAUUGCGGCUACGGUCGCUCAGUGCUGCCAAACGGGCAGGGCGGGUCUCCUGGGCCCUGAAGAUGUUGAAGUUGGAGGAAGUUGCUGACUCAAAGAUCGGGGACAGCCAUAGACGAGGCAUUUCCGGAGGAGAGCGACGCCGUGUGGCGAUAGGGGUUGAGUUGGUAGUAUCACCUCCGAUCAUGGUGCUGGAUGAGCCGACAACUGGUCUCGAUGCCAGCUGCGCCUUGAUGCUCGGCCGUGUUUUAGCGCAGCUUGCCGAGGGGGGGCGCCUGCUGAUCUGCAGCAUGCACCAGCCGCGGGCGGAGCUCCUGCUGCUCUUCAAUGCCAGGCUGGACCUCGGACAGUACGGAGACCAGCUGACCAAGACCACGGACCCCUGGUCACACAAGGAGGAGGAAGACUGGAGCCCAGAGAGGGUGGUGCCCAACGAAAGGCUUGGGCAUCUUGGGCAGGACGAGGACACUUCGAACGUGAACCCUGAGCUCGUGGAAGAAAUCAAGAAAGUAGUUAGCAGGCAAUCGUUUGGAAAGCAAAACGGCUGCAUGGCGGGCGUAUUUGCGGGCUUUGACGAUGACCUCUCCGAUGCCUUGGCCAUUGCUUCACGUGCGACAGCGGGUGCGUCUCAGGCCGGCCUGACCUUGCAGGUCUUCCUCCUGUGGCAGCGUAGCCUUCGCGAGGCCACCCGGGGCAACUAUGCAGGGGUUGUGGCUGCAGUUGUGGUCCUGACCAUUGCUUUCCUCGUCGGUUUCACGUUCAGGAAUCUGGAUACAGGCAUUGUGGGAGUACAGAAUCGCUUUGGCUCCAUAUUCUUCACUCAGCUCUUCUUCAGUUUCUUCGGGCUGCAGGCCUGCACUCUUUGGUAUGUGGACCGUGAUCGACUUGAUCGUGAAAGAGCCUCGAAGCUCUACAAUGUAAUGUCAUACUUCCUCGCGAAGGGAUCGGCGUACCUGUGGUGGUACUGCAUCUUCGUCCCAGCCAUGUAUGUUGGCAUCGUGUACAACCUCAUCGGCUUUCAGGGGAGUAUCUCGAAAAUGCUGACCUUCUACCUGGCCACGGCUGGUACCACUGCAGCUGCAAGCGGAGUGAGUCUGCUCUGCCUUUCAUUGACAAGUUCCUUUGCCAACGGCAUAUCACUGGCAGCGAUUUUCCUUACAGUGCUGCAGAUGUAUGCUGGUUUCCUCCAGCGCCGUGACGCGAUCCCGUGGACCUUCAGGUGGCUGAACGAUGUGUCACCCUUUGCCCACGCUUUUGCUGCGAUGAUCUCCAGCGAGUUCACGGGCCUGGUGACGACGGUUGAAGCGACGGGUCACUCAGCUGUGACUGUUUCCGGAGGUAUUUGGCCGCAGCAGUUCAACGUGGACCCUACCCGAAUGGAGCACAACCUUCAGAUGCUGGGAAUUGUGGCGGGCAGCAUCUGGAUCCUGGCCUUCGUCCCUCUUUGGCUUCGAUGGUACCGAGUGAAGACUUACCACCGUUGUUUCCGGCCAACGACACGAGACAGACCCAGCGACGCUUUGGAAGCCCCGUCCUGGGUCAGCGGCCGAGCGCAGGGCUCCGCAGCUUUGAUUUGGCAGGACCUCCGAGCGACACUGCCCAAUGGAGCCGGCCUGUACGAUGGGAUGACCGGCAUUGUGCACACCGGCAGGCCAUUGGCCGUGCUCGGCCCCUCUGGUUGCGGCAAAACGACCCUGCUGUCGUGCCUCUCUGGCGAGGUCACGAAGACGAAGUGGACGGGGUCGAUCUGUCUCAACAGGCAGAAGAUUGCCAGAAGGAAACUUCGAAGAACUGUCGGGUAUGUGCGGCAAGACGAUGCCCUCCAUCCGGAGCUGACCGUGUCAGAGGUGAUCUCUUUUGUUUGGGUCUCGGCAGUCUACGCACAGAGGCGCGUCACCUGGACGCUUCACCGUCUGGGGCUGGAGGCAGUGGCGAACUCGAAAAUCGGCGGCCACAAGUUCCGCGGAAUUUCGGGUGGUGAGAGGCGACGUGCAGCAGUUGGGGUCGAGCUAGCCGUGGCGCGUGGUGUCCUGGCGCUGGAUGAACCCACCAGCGGUUUAGACAGCAGCAGCGCCCUGGCUUUGGGAAGCUUGCUGGCAGAACUGGCUGGGGAAGGUGUCAUUCUGCUGGCCUCCAUGCACCAGCCUUCUCCAGAUUUGCUGGCCUAUUUUAGCUCCACCCUGGUCCUGGGAGCGCACGGCAGAGUGGCUUACUUUGGACCAUCCGAGCAGCUGCCGACGUAUGUCUCUCCGUUUCGAAAGCUGAAUCCUGGGGUAAGCAGUGCAUCGGACCUUCUGUUGGACGUCGUCUCCGGACCCCAUCAAGACAAGGUGUUCGGGGGCUUCCACGAGUCAAAGCAUGCAGAUGCGCUGCAAGAGGACAUUCAGAGAGUGCUGAUGAUGGCUUCCGAGGACGACAUGGAGGUCAAGUCGGCGGCAAUGCCUCCGGUUUGGGCGCAACUGAGACAGCUGCUGCUGCGAGAACUUCAGAUCAGCAGGAGCUUAGCUGCCUACACCUACUUCGAGGCAACCAUAGCCGGCGUGUUACUCGGCGCGACCUACUACCAGAUGUCGUAUCGCCUGGCCGGAGUCAUCAGUCGGCUUGGCCUCAUCUUUGCCGUGCACUGCACCUUGGGAAUGCAGGCUCUUCAAGGUCUCCUAGCUUGGCGAGAUGGUUACACCAGCUACAGACGCGAACGCGCGGCAGGAUACUACUACACGGGCAGCUUCGUCAUAGCGAAGGUGGUCGUUGAUGCUAUCCUCCUCAGAGUGGGGCCUCCUGCCCUCAUGUGCAUACUUGUAUACCUCCUGGCCGGCAUGCACCCGGGGAGAGAGGCUGUUUGCUGCUUAGGCUUUUGCCUGGCGUCUUUCGUCUCAUCUACUUUCUGCCUUGCAUUGGGAGCUACUGCUCCGAGAUCCGGAGUGGUACUUCCCCUGGCAGUGCUGCUGAUCCUGAUUUUCUUGCUGUUUGGUGGACCACUGCUGGCUUCCGGUGACGAUGUGCUUCGGAACAUCUCGAUUUUCAGGGCAUCUUUUAACAUGCUGGCCGCCAACGAGUUGCGAGGCCUCGACUUCGUGUUCGAUCCCGAGGGUGUGUCCACCACGCUGGGCAGCCGUUCUGGCGAGGAUUGGAUGACGGAUUUGGGCAUCAAGGACAACCCCAUCGGCGAGGAAGUGGGUUGGCUCCUGGGUUGGUCCUUCUUUUACAUUCUGGUCGCUUGGGCGGUGCUGGCUGCACGAUCAGUCACUUCUUCCGAUUUCUCGCUGCUCUCGCUUUUCUGGCGCAGUGUCGCUUACUUAAAGGUUUUGAUUUAUGUGCAGAACUGUAAACAAGGACGUCGGAGAAGCACUGCAAGCGAAUGA